GUUUCACGGCACGCGUGUCCUGUAACGGUCUCUCCAAUUAAGCUACUGUUUAAUUUUGAUAGCAUCAAGGAUGCCGACGCAACCGCUGAAGCCCGCGGCCUUGGACUCGGAUGGCUUCCGACUGGCAACGGUGACCGGACUUCCUGUCUCUCCGGUGCUACGCGCGCUUAGCUACCAGAACAAUUUCCUGGUUGAAUCUGGGCUUGCACAUCAGGCUAGGCAUGCGCCAGCUCCAGCACAGCUUCCAAUCGUCGCGGCCUCGCCCGCGGAAUCUGCACCGUCCAAGACCAAGCCUUUGAGCGAGGUCCUUUCAGAUGCUGGUCGCAAAUCUCUUGGCGGUGGCAUUCCUGGAAUGGUCGCUAUGGCAACACAGGUCCUGAGCCUUAUGUGGAUGCGUACAACCAUCAACUACCAGUAUAGGUACGGCACUGACACCAUGACGGCGUUCAGGACGCUCUACAAGGAGGGGGGAAUCCCGCGGUUUUACCGGGGCCUGGGACCAGCGCUGAUACAGGGCCCGCUUAGCAGGUUUGGCGACACCGCUGCCAACGCGGGCACCCUCGCCCUCCUGGACAGCUACGAGAGCAGCAAGGGGCUGCCAGUCGGGGUGAAGACGCUGGUGGCGUCCUCGGCUGCGGGCGCCUUCCGCAUCCUGCUGAUGCCGGUGGACACGUGCAAGACCAUCAUGCAGGCAGGGGUAUCGGGGGGAUCAGGGGUAUCAGGGGUAUCGGGGGCGGGGGGGGGGGGAAGAGGGGUCGGCUUGGUGGAAGGGAAGGGGGGAGGGCGGGGGGGGAGGGGUAUUGGAGGGAUUGCCCCCGCAUACGCGCUUUACAACUACCUUAACGCCGCGCUUCCCAAGUCUCCCUCGGACGAUCUGCUGCACAAGCUGGGUCGCUCCGCACUGAUUGGGUUCUGCUCCUCCUUCGUCAGCGACUGCGCCUCCAACUCCAUCCGCGUGAUCAAGACCACCAAGCAGACCACCAAGGAGGCCACCACCUACCCUCAGGUUGCCAGGAUGAUCAUUGAAAAGGACGGUGUCGUGGGUCUGCUGGGUCGGGGUCUCAAGACCAAGAUCCUAGCCAACGGAGUGCAGGGCAUUUGCUUCACGAUCAUUUGGCGCCUUGGUCAGGACUGGUGGGAGUCGCACCAGGUGCAGGGGGGGGUGCAGGUGGGGCCGCAGAAACACCAGACGGCGGCAGCACCACCUGCCGCAGGUAGCGGCGGCGGCGGCGGCGGCAGUAGCGACCCGCAGGUGCGGCUGGCGGCGGCGACGCCGGCGGAGGAGGCGACGCUGGCGGCGCCGCCAGCCGGUGCAGCCGCGGACACCACCACCAUCUCCAUCCUGCCCAAGUGA